AUGGCGUGGGUGAAGUUCCUGCGGAAGCCGGGUGGCAACCUGGGCAAGGCGUACCAGCCGGGCAGCAUGCUGUCGCUGGCGCCCACCAAAGGGCUGCUCAACGCGCCGGGCCAGAACAGCUGCUUCCUCAACAGCGCCGUGCAGGUGCUGUGGCAGCUGGACAUCUUCCGGAGAAGCCUGCGGGCCCUGACGGGGCACGUCUGUCAGGGCGAGGCCUGCAUCUUCUGUGCGCUGAAGACCAUGUUUGCUCAGUUUCAACACAGCCGGGAGAAGGCCCUCCCCUCGGACAACGUGCGGCGUGCCCUGGCCGAGAGCUUCCGGGACGAGCAGCGGUUCCAGCUGGGCCUCAUGGACGACGCUGCCGAGUGCUUUGAAAACAUCUUGGAGAGGAUCCACUUUCACAUCGUGCCCAGCCGGGACGCGGACAUGUGCGUCUCCAAGUGCUGCGUCGCGCACCAGAAGUUCGCCAUGACGCUGUACGAGCAGUGCGUGUGUCGUAGCUGUGGGGCCUCAUCAGACCCUCUGCCUUUCACAGAAUUCGUGCGGUACAUCUCGACGACAGCCCUGUGCAACGAAGUUGGAAGAAUGACGGACAGGCAUGAGCGGGUGAAGCCCGAAUUGUUUGCGGAAUUGUUGCAAGCAGCGAAUACGACGGAUGACUAUCGGAAGUGCCCCAGUAACUGUGGCCAGAAAAUAAAGAUCCGCCGCGUCCUGAUGAACUGCCCGGAGAUCGUCACCAUCGGCCUGGUCUGGGACUCUGAGCACUCGGACCUGACCAGCGACGUGGUUCGGAGUCUGGCCACUCAUCUCUCUCUUCCCGGGCUGUUUUAUAGGGUUACUGAUGAAAAUGCCAAAAACAGUGAACUUCACCUUGUUGGUCUGAUAUGCUACACCAGCCAGCACUACUGUGCCUUCACGUUUCACACCAAGAGUUCCAAGUGGGUGUUUUUCGAUGAUGCAAAUGUGAAAGAGGUGGGAACACGGUGGAAGGACGUGGUCUCCAAGUGCCUCCGGGGCCACUUCCAGCCCCUGCUGCUGUUCUACGCCAACCCCGAGGGCACGGCUGUUUCCACGGAAGACGCGCUCAGGCAGGUGGUCAGCUGGCCGCAGCAGAAACCCGGGGCGGACAGCAUGCGAUCUGAAAAGCCCUCGAUUUAUAAGUCAGAGAAUUCCAAAGAGAAUGGAUUUGGUGGUCAGGCCAAACAGAGAGAAAGCCAGAAAUUUCAGACAGAUGACAUUUCAUCCUUCAGUCGGAGCCACAGCCAAGCGAGCGGCGGCAGAGGAGCAGCCAGGCCGGCUCCCAGCGACGCCCGGGAGAAGAUGAGGGGCCUCUCCAGGGAGUGUGCCUUGAAGGCGCUGGAGCAGAGGCACCUCCUAUGUGCACCGCGGAGGGACACGGGUCAGCACCCAGAUGCGCUGGAUGAAGACCUGCCACGUGUCCAGCCUGGAUCACCUCCUGCCCCGAACGGCUUCCGGCAGUACAGCAAUCGCUCCGUGUCGCCCAGUCAGGGGCGGGGGCCGUGCGGACAGGCCCUCCCCACCCCGAGCCGGGCGCCUGCGCAGGGCCCGAGUGUGGGGAGGCCCCCAGCUCUGGGUCAGGCGGAGCAGACCCCCCUGGCCAGCCCGGUGCAGGGUGACAGCGGCCCCGGGUACGAGACAGACAGCAGCCUGGACUCUCGAGGUAAAGGCAGCAGCCACCGUAGCAGCGGCAGCAGGAGUCGGAGCCGCGGCUGGAAGCCCAUGAGAGAAGCGCUGAACGUGGACAGUGUCUUCAGCGACAGCGAGAGGAGACAGCACAGCCCGCGGCACAAGCCCGGCGCCAGCCACCCCCCCAGGGGCAGCGGGGACCAGGGUCCCGGCCGCUGGCCCACAGAGCCGCCCCAGCAGACGAGCUUGAUGACCAUCUACGAGGACGAAGUGCGGCAGGAGCUGGGCAGCAGGAGUUCCCUCCAGGGCCCGGGGAAAGGCCUCUCGGACACGGGCGUCCCUGCCGACGCGUGGCCGGGGCCAAGGACCGAGUCCGGCUAUGAGAGCAGCGACCACGUCAGCAGCGGCUCGGCCAGCCUGGACUCGCCGGGCGGGGACGGCGCCGGGAGCGCGGAGCCCAGUGACCAGAGUAAGAUAAGCAGCCGAAAUGCAGAGCGUGUGAACGGCACCUCCCAGCAGAGUAGAAACCACCUGGAAGGCUGUAGAAAAGAAUUCAAGAACUUGGAAGUAGGCUGUAAGUCUCAUGACCCAGAAUCCCAUCCACAAACGAAACCCCCUGUGAUAAAAAGGCCCCGAGGACGCGAGCCCAGCGGGAAGCUGCUCCCUGCGGCAGGCCCACCUGUCCUCCGGGACCUCGCAGCCAGUGAGCACCCCCCGACGGGGGAGCUUGAACAGGCCAGCGAGGGCCAGUUUCCCGCGCGGCCAGAUGGAGGCAGUUCCGAGGGGACAGGUUUACGUGCUCAAACUGAUGCUAGUGCUGCUUCUGGAAUGAGAAGGAGCAGUGAUGAGGUCUCACCAGCCUCGGUGUGGCCUGUGCCCGGGAGAGCUGCCCUCCUCGCCCGGCAGUGCACAGCAACGGACUCGUGUCACCCAGAGGCUUCCCAGUCCAGGGGCCGCGGGGCUCCGUCCACUCACAGAGCCGACGAUUGCCAGGUGCCAACACUCACUUGCCAGAGUCCACCCCCCCCUCUGCCACCAAAAAGGUAUGCUGUGCCCGGCGUGCCACAGCCGGGGAAAACCAGCCCUGAACCGGACGCCAGGCCCCCAGAGGCGCCCAGAGCACGCUCGGCUGGCCCUCCGUCACUCUGUGCUGGGACGGCAGCCGCACCAGGCUCCAUGGCGAGCGCCCUGUCCAGGGACGAGAGGCCCAAGCAGCCGGUCCCAGCGCGAGAGCGCGUGGGCGCCCCCCGGAGCCACCCGGCCAGCAUGGCCAACGGUGCCCCAGCAGGCCUGGGUGCAGGGGGCGCUGCUCUGUGCCAACCAGCAGCAGACCGGAGCCCGGCCUGGCCCGGGGACACCGUCUCCCUCACCACCUACUUCUCCGUCGACAGCUGCAUGACCGACACGUACAGGCUGAAGUACCACCAGCGGCCCCGGCUCUGCUUCCCGGAGAGCUCCGGCUCUGGCUCUGGCUGCGGGAACUCGGCCCCGGUGCCUGCGCAGCCGGACAGCCUCGGGGUGAGCUGCCCUCCUGAGCACAGACACAAGCCCAGCGUCCACUGUGACAGGUGA